GCACUUAGUGUACCCUGACCACAACCUACAAUGGAGACUAAACCACGCGUAAACGGUUCAAUGUUGUCAGAUAAGAUUGGUCAAGAGAUUGUGGCUGUCGGCAAAGUUAUAACGAACGACGGUAAGAGUAUGAAACUGGAGCUGUCAGACGGAUCUAACGUUCUAGUCUCUUUUGUUGAUGUGAUGGAAGCAAUGCCAAACUCAAUGGUCGAGGUAAACGCACGUGUCAACGAUGCUAGGACACUAAGUGGUUUGGCUCUGGUGGUACUCUCCGAUGACUUUGAUUUAAAGAUCUAUAAUGAAGCUGUCUCGUUUGCUGCAAGAUACGAUAUGUUCGAGAAUAAGACAGCUGCUGCUUAACCUCAUGCUAAUUACCUGGUUACAUAUCGUCUCAGAUUAUUGAAGUGAGGGGUUGCUUUUUAUAUUUUUAAUGGCCUUAUUGAAUCAGAAGUUCUGGUUUCUUCAGCUCUUUUUAAAUUAUUUUAAUACAUAUUUUACAUUAUUGAAUUGUAUGUUGUCAACGUAUUUAUUUGUAAUAUCGACUAUUUA